AUGAAGGACAUGCCACUCCGAAUUCAUGUGCUACUUGGCCUAGCUAUCACUACACUAGUACAAGCUGUAGAUAAAAAAGUGGAUUGCCCACAAUUAUGUACAUGUGAAAUCAGGCCUUGGUUUACACCCAGAUCCAUUUAUAUGGAAGCAUCUACAGUGGACUGCAAUGAUUUAGGUCUUUUAAAUUUCCCAGCCAGAUUGCCUGCUGACACACAGAUUCUGCUCCUACAGACUAACAAUAUUGCAAAAAUUGAAUACUCCAUAGACUUUCCAGUAAACCUCACCGGCCUGGACUUAUCUCAAAACAAUUUAUCUUCAGUCACCAAUAUUAAUGUAAAAAAGAUGCCUCAGCUUCUUUCUGUGUAUUUAGAGGAAAACAAACUAACUGAGCUGCCUGAAAAAUGUCUGUCUGGACUGAGCAACUUACAAGAACUCUAUAUUAAUCACAACUUGCUUUCUACAAUUUCACCCGGAGCCUUUAUUGGCCUCCAUAAUCUUCUUCGACUUCAUCUCAAUUCAAAUAGAUUGCAGAUGAUCAACAGUAAGUGGUUUGAUGCUCUUCCCAAUCUGGAGAUCCUGAUGAUUGGGGAAAAUCCAAUCAUCAGAAUCAAAGACAUGAACUUUAAGCCGCUUAUCAAUCUUCGCAGCCUGGUUAUAGCUGGUAUAAACCUGACGGAAAUACCAGAUAAUGCCUUGGCUGGACUUGAAAACUUAGAAAGCAUCUCUUUUUAUGACAACAGGCUUAUUAAAGUGCCCCAUGUUGCUCUCCAGAAAGCUAUAAACCUCAAAUUCUUGGAUCUAAAUAAAAAUCCCAUUAAUAGAAUACGGAGGGGUGAUUUCAGCAAUAUGCUACACUUAAAAGAGUUGGGAAUAAAUAAUAUGCCUGAGCUGAUUUCCAUCGACAAUCUUGCUGUGGAUAACCUGCCAGAUUUAAGAAAAAUAGAAGCUACAAACAACCCACGGUUGUCUUACAUUCACCCAAAUGCAUUUUUCAGGCUACCCAAGCUGGAAUCACUGAUGCUCAACAGCAACGCCCUUAGUGCCCUCUACCAUGGUACAGUUGAGUCUCUGCCAAACCUCAAGGAGAUCAGCAUACACAGCAAUCCCAUCAGGUGUGACUGUGUCAUCCGUUGGAUUAAUAUGAACAAAACUAACAUUCGAUUCAUGGAACCAGACUCACUAUUCUGCGUGGACCCACCUGAAUUCCAAGGCCAAAAUGUUCGGCAGGUGCAUUUCAGGGAAAUGAUGGAAAUCUGUCUCCCUCUUAUAGCUCCUGAGAGCUUCCCUUCUAAUCUGGAUUUAGAAUCUGGGAGCUAUGUUUCCUUGCAUUGCAGAGCUACUGCAGAGCCACAGCCUGAAAUCUACUGGGUAACACCUUCUGGUCAAAAACUCUUACCUAAUACUCUGAAAGACAAGUUCUAUGUCCAUUCUGAAGGCACACUAGAUAUAAACGACAUAACUCCAACAGAAGGGGGUCUAUAUACUUGUAUAGCAACUAACCUGGUUGGUGCUGACUUGAAGUCUGUUAUGAUCAAAGUAGAUGGUUCUUUUCCCCAGGAUAACAACGAAUCCUUAAAUAUUAAAAUAAAAGAUGUUCAGGCCAAUUCAGUUCUAGUGUCUUGGAAAGCAAGUUCUAAAAUUCUCAAAUCCAGUGUUAAGUGGACCGCCUUUGUCAAGACUGAACAUUCCCAUGCUGCCCAGAGUGCCCGAAUACCAUCUGAUAUCAAGGUAUAUAAUCUUACUCAUCUGAACCCAUCAACUGAGUACAGAAUUUGUAUUGAUAUCCCCACCAUCUAUCAAAAAACCAGAAAACAAUGUGUAAAUGUCACCACAAAAGGUAUGAACCCUGAUCGAAAAGAAUAUGAAAAGAGUAACACCACAACCUUUAUGGCCUGCCUUGGAGGCUUUCUGGGGAUUAUUGGUGUGAUAUGUCUUUUCAGUUGCCUCUCACAAGAAAUGAAUUGUGAUGGUGGACAUGGCUAUAUGAGGAAUUACGUACAGAAACCAACCUUCACAUUCAGUGAGCUUUAUCCUCCUCUUAUCAACCUCUGGGAAACAGGCAAAGAAAAAAGUACAGCACUGGAAGUGAAAGCAACUGUUAUAGGUGUGCCAACAAAUAUGUCCUAA